AUGCCGGAGAAAGUUGAAACAUCAUUGGAAGGGCUUUACAUUGUUGAUGAUUUCGUUACGAAGGACGAAGAACGUGAAUUGAUCAAUAUGCUUGAUUUAAAUGCGUGGUGCGGACGAGGAAUAGCGUAUGUGUCAAUUAUGAUUAAUGAUUAUCGGAUUUCUUUUGAUGUCGACUUCUUCCAACCAUAUCUUCGACGCAAAUUUUCCAAAAAAAGUCCAAACCCAGAGAUGAAAAGACGCACUCAACAUUAUGGAUACGAAUUCAGUUAUAGAUACAGAAAAGUCAUGAAAGAUCUGGGUCCACUACCUGAUUUCCUGAGCUUCAUAAUCCAACGGUUCGGUGACCAAGAGAUUAUUCAGGAUGCCAAAGAUAUGCCGAACAUGUGUAUCGUAAAUGAGUACGAUGCGGGGCAAGGUGAUUAUGAUUAUUACCUUUAUUAUUGUUGCUUGGUAAUUAUUACGAAAGUGUUAAAUAUAUUGCUUUGGCGUCACUUUGUCUACACCUCGUCCUUUCUCUUGAAAUCGCAUAAUGGUGCUUCAUAG